AUGCAACUGAAGAACCAUACGCCGAAAAUUACCAAAUCCAAUUGCAAUCCUAUAUCCUGGGGACACAAAACGGUCUUCCCUAAGCUAUUAGGAGCAGAUAGGGAGACAUGGAAUAAUUACGACGGUUCUGAGGUUAUCAAACGUUACGAUGGACCACGAAGAGAAAUACUGGCAGAUCAGGGAACGGACGACUAUUUUUACCACACGACUAAAACCUUAAACCCCGAACGUCUCGUUGAAGUUGCCGCUGCAAAUCCCAAAGUCACAGUGAACAUGCGGAUGCAUCCAGGACUUGAUCAUGGAUUUAAUUUCGUGAAAAGAUUUUGGAAAGACCACUUUGCUCAUCAUGCUCGCAACUUGUUUCUAGAGUCGCAAGGAGUGUCUUUUUAG